CCUAAUUGAUAAAAACAGACCGACGCCAUAUCUUAGUCUUUGAGGAGAUAAACGUUUUUGAUAUAAAUACACGUGUGAUCACCAAAAUUUUGCAUGCAGCUUUGGCGCCAGUGAGUGAGCAAAGUUACAGAGUCUUCUGAGGUGGAGGUUCAGAAGAUGAGCGAGGAAGCUGUCGAACACAAGGAUUCAGAAGGUGAUGCAGCAGUCUUAGACGACAUUUUGGAGACAACUGUUGAUGAUGAUUUUCCUGCUGAAGAACAUGUAGAGAAAAAACCAGGGAGAAAAACUCGCAAUAAGAAAGUUAGGCCUGUUAAGGCCCCAGCAAAAGGACGAGGAAAAGGCACUAAAAGGAAUGCAAAGCCUACUGAACCGGAAGAUACCCCUGAAUUGGAGGAUGAAACCAUAGAUGAAGAAGAACAGUUGAAGGAAAUGGAGAAGAGACGUAAAGAGUUGGAGAGGAUGAAUGCUGAAAAAGAGCGGGAGGUCAAGAGACUUAAAAGAGAGGAGAAGGCUUUGAAAGAAGCAAAUGACAAAGGUACAACUGAGGUGGAAGCUCCUAAGUUAAAAAAGAAGACUUCUAAGAAAAGGGAUGAAAGUGAUGGCAAAGUGAAUGCUAGCAGUGCUGAGGAAGAAAAAGCAGAUGACAAUCCCGAGUAUGACAUCCGCAGUGAGGCAGGUAGCAGUGCCCAUGGAUCUGUAGCUUCUGGGUCUGGAGAAGAAUCAGAUGGCGAGGAAACGGGCCAACAGGGACAGAACAAAAGAUCCAGUCGUAGCAUAUCUCCCAUUGAGUGGGAAGCUAACCAACGUCCAAGUCGCAGUCGGAGCAAGAGUGGCUCAGGAAGUGGCAGUAGGAGUAGAAGCCGGUCAGCAAGCAGAGAGAGAAGAUCAUCAGCUGAAAGGAGAGAAUAUCAGCAUAAGUUAAGACACAUCUUUAGAGAGGCAACCUAUUUCAUUAUUAAAAGCAACAAUCAUGAGAAUGUUGCUCUUGCCAAAGCUAAGGGUGUAUGGUCUACCCCUCCACAAAAUGAGUUUAGGAUCAAUAAAGCCUACAGGGAAAGCCGUAACGUAAUUCUCAUCUUCUCUGUAAGAGAAAGUGGAAAAUUUCAAGGGUAUGCUCGUGUAGCAAGUGAAUCAGAUAAAGAUCAUCCACCAAUCCGCUGGGUGCUACCUCCAGGGUUAAGUGCCAAGGCCCUUAGUGGAGUGUUCAAGUUGGACUGGGUGACCAGGAGAGACCUGCCAUUUACUAAGACAGCCCACCUCCUCAACCCAUGGAAUGACAAUAAGCCAGUCAAGAUAGGGAGAGAUGGACAGCCUGUGGAGCCAAGGUGUGGAGAAGCACUGUGUAGGAUGUUUCCAGCUGAUGAAGCUAUAGAUAUUUCUGCUAUCACAAGGAAGGCUAAGGCCAAAGGACCUGCAAAAUUUAGUAGACCACCACCCAGAGAAAGUUUUCCAAGACGAGGAAUUUCACCUAGGCGUCGCCCCAGCAGGCGAGAAUCUUAUGAAUAUGAACCAAGACCUAAAAGGGGUAGAUUGGAUAUGGGAAGAGAUCCAGGUAGAGACGCAUAUAGACGAGACCGGCCUUCACCAAGGACUUAUGCUGGAGUCCGUAAAGAGACUUUUAUCAAUGGGUCAUACCAUGACUACAUGCGUGAAUUCCAGCACCGAGCCCCUCCCAUGCCACCAAUGACAGGACAGUGGAUACCAGCUCCCAUGCCAUAUGGAGAACACAUGCCUCCAUACCACCAUCCUUAUGACAGGCGAGAUACAUACGCUCCACCCUCAGAAUAUGGCCUCCCUUCUAGCAGCAGGAGGAGCAAUGAAAAGAGGUAUGAUAGAGAAGUUGACGACUUCUUGCGACGUACGCAUAGGGGAAGCAGUCGGGAGAGGCGUCAUCGGGACAGCAGAAGAUGAGAACAGCAUGUAGCUUCAUACUGAGACAAUAUAUUUUCAGGAGAACAGACUGAAGGACCAUUCAGCCGACUGUACUGAACUAUAAUGAUCAUUGAUACAUGUAGUUACUCCAUUAGAUACCAAGCUAGUAGGUACUUACUGCCAGUGAUCAUGUUGUAAUGCAGUGAACUUGAACUUCAAGAAGACCAGUGCUUAACUAAAUUGUGAGAAACAACAAAAUGCCCGUUUGUUUUGUAAAAAGAAGAUUCAUUUUGUACACUCUGACAUUGAAAUGUGAAUAUUCUAUUGUAUAUAAUGUGAAGAAGACUUACUGGAGACCCAAAGUAAGUUGGACUUUCUGCUUGCUGUAAAAAAUAUAAAGUUAGCAAUGUAAAAUUUAUAUUUUAUGUUCUGAUUGUCACAUUUCAACCAUGCAAUUUACCUACCAGGUUAGUAAUUUGCAUACAAGAUUAUUUCCAUGGUAGAAUUGAUUGAAAAGAGACCAUUAUCAAUUUAGUUAUGGAAAGACUACAUUGUCUGUGAUCUUGAGCAUCUAGAGAUAUUAAAUUAAUGCUUAAGUCUUUAACUGUAAAUGUUUUAUUACACCAGUGGCAAAUUUAUAAACAUUUUAAAAGGUAUCUGUGUAUAAUAGAAAAUGUUUUUGUUCAAUAAAUAGUAUACAUUUAUUAA